CCCAGGAAGCACUCCACAAACCUUUGAACAAACUCCCGUCAACUGUGUCUAGGGCACGAAGCGACCCUGUCAACUCCCCUCCAUCUCCAGAGCUCAAUCGACAAUCGUCAAGGCACCUUUAAUUUUUUUUCGCUCCACACGACGCGACAACAAGCAGCAGGUCAACCAUCGCCUCAACUCGUGGACGGACAAUCCAUCAAAGCACGACAUCCAUAUCAACUCAACAUGUCUACCGUUGCGGAGAAAGCUACUGAUGCUCCUGCGGCUGCUGUCGCUGAGGUGACCAACGCUCUGGCCGACACGUCCCUCGCGGGCAAGGACGACGCUGCGACGCUCGCCAGCGCCGCCGAAGGUCGCCGCCUCUACAUCGGAAACCUGGCCUACGCGACAACGGAGGGGGGUUUGAGGGACUUCUUCAAGGGCUACCUUGUUGAGUCCGUCUCCAUUCCCAAGAACCCUCGGACCGACCGUCCUGUCGGUUACGCCUUUGUCGACGUUUCGACUCCCAGCGAGGCUGAGCGGGCCAUCGCUGAACUGUCUGGCAAGGAGAUCCUGGAGCGCAAGGUCUCGGUCCAGCUGGCUCGCAAGCCGGAGUCCAACGAGAAGACCGAGGGUGCCAAUGCGGAGGGCGGUGCUGAAGGUGCCCGCCGCCGCCAGUCCACUCGUGGCCGCGGUCGUGCCGGUCGUGGCCGUGGUGGACGCGCUCGUGGUGGACGUGGCAGUGGUGACGAGAAGAAGGAGGAGGGCGCUGCUGCCACGGAGGACGCUGCUGCUCAGCCUGCGGCCCUGAAAGACGUUACCAACGAGGCCACCGGCGAGAAGGACAAGAACACCAAAGACAACAAGGACAGCAAGCCCGCCAAGGCUCAGGCUCGCCCCCGUGAGCGUCGCGAGCGUGGUCCCCCGGCUGACGGCAUCCCGUCCAAGACCAAGGUCAUGGUUGCUAACCUUCCCUAUGACCUGACCGAAGAGCGGCUCAAGGAGCUCUUCACCGCUUACCAGCCCUUGUCGGCCAAGAUUGCCCUUCGCCCGAUCCCGCGGUUCAUGAUCAAGAAGCUCCAGGCUCGUGGCGAGCCGCGCAAGGGCCGUGGGUUCGGCUUCGUCACUUUGGCGUCGGAGGAGCUGCAGCAGAAGGCUGUCGCUGAGAUGAACGGCAAGGAGAUUGAGGGCCGCGAGAUUGCAGUCAAGGUUGCCAUUGACAGCCCUGACAAGACGGACGAUGAUGUCGCUGCCGCCGAGGCGGCGCAUGCCAACGGCACCAAGCAGGGCGAGGCUGACGCUACUGAAGCCGCACCUGCUGAGGCCGCUCCUGCCACGGCUUCGGCCUAGAAGAUGAUGCAUCACUCUUGACGAGUUUUGCAGCAUACACAUGAAAUGGAGAUGAGCUUGCACGCGCUUUUAUUAUUCGGCAACUUCCCUCCUUCGUCUGUAUUAGUUUUGGAAGCGCGGUGCAUCAGUUCUUUUAUGACCGGCAAUGGGUGGAUGACCUCUCUUUUCCUUUCGCCGAUGGGCUAGACAUGACACUCAGGGAAGAUGAUUAAGUGGUGGGGAUAGUAGUUCUGGCGUCGGGUCCUGGGAUUUUGCACGGGCUUCUCAAAAGGGCUCCCUCCGGGUAGAGUUCGGGGACACAUUAUGCGCCAUCUCGCGGCUUUCUGCAGUCGAUAUCCGCUAAUAUCCUCAUGACUUACCCCUUAACCGUCUUUAUUUCCUUAUCUACACGACGCGAAGACACACGGGCUUUUACUUACCUCUUGUUUUCCAUCUCGCAUUCUCCAGGGAUGUACACUAGUCCAUCGCCCAGAUGGGAAGGGUGCUAGUUGGUCUCCGAAUAUACGGUCAUCCGGUGAUGUGAACAUGAUAUAUGUGCCUUGGGGCACGUGUCCAACG